UGACGGCACCCAGACGACUCUCGCUCCCAAACCACUUUCCUUUAGCUCUGCCCUCUGAGGGGGUGGCUAACAGGUCUUCAGUGACCUUCGGGAGCCCUGAAGCGCCUUUCUGCCUAGACCCUUCCUAUUCCAGAACUCCCCGGUCCCGCCCACUCCAACUUCAGCAAGGUCUGCAGCGCGGGCCUAGCGGCCCAGAGCAAAUAACUGGAUUCUAAGUGCGUGGCCACAGUCAUCUCACCGGCCCUGCAGCCAACUCUCUGAGUAGGGCCAGCAGGUGCGGGAGCCCUCACCGCCCUCCGGAGCCUCCCCAGAGCCCGUUGCUCAGAAUGGGCGCCCUCGGCCCGACGCUGCUGCCGCCGCCGCCGCCACUGCUGCUGCUCCUGCUAAUGCUGGGAAGUGGGUGCUGUGCCCGGGAGGUGCUGGUCCCUGAGGGGCCCCUGUACCGAGUGAUUGGCACAGCUGUCUCCAUCUUCUGCAAUGUCACCGGCUAUGAUGGCCUUGCCCAGCAGGACUUCGAGUGGUUCCUGUACAGGCCCGAAGCCCCGGAAGCUGCACUGGGCAUUGUCAGUACCAAGGACACCCGGUUCUCCUAUGCCAUCUUUGGGCCCCGUGUGGCGGCUGGUGAGAUUCAGGUGCAGCGUCUGCAGGGUGAUGCUGUUGUGCUCAAGAUUGCCCGUCUGCAGGCCCAGGAUGCUGGCAUUUAUGAGUGCUACACACCCUCCACUGAUACCCAGUACCUGGGCAGCUACAGCGGCAAGGUGGAGCUGAGAGCUCUCCCAGAUGUCCUGCAGGUGUCUGCUGCCCUCCCAGGGCCCCGAGGCCGCCAGGCCCCAGCCUCGCCCCCUCGCCUGACUGUGCAUGAGGGCCAGGAGCUGGCCCUGGGCUGCCUGGCGCGGACGAGCACACAGAAGCACACACACCUGGCUGUGUCCUUUGGGCGAGCUAUGCCCGAGGCACCAGUAGGGCGAGCGACUCUGCAGGAGGUGGUGGGACUCCGGGCAGACUUGGCCGUGGAGGUGGGAGCUCCCUAUGCUGAGCGGCUGGCUGCAGGGGAGGUGCAGCUGGGCAAGGAGGGGGCUGACCGGUACCGCAUGGUGGUGGGAGGCGCCCAGGCGGACGACGCAGGCACCUACCACUGCACAGCCUCCGAGUGGAUUCAGGAUCCUGAUGGCAGCUGGGCCCAGAUUGGGGAGAAGAGGGCUGUCCUGGCCCACGUGGAUGUGCAGACGUUGUCCAGCCAGCUGGCAGUGGCUGUGGGGCCUGGUGAACGUCGGAUUGGCCCCGGGGAGCCCUUGGAACUGCUGUGCAAUGUGUCGGGGGCACUACCCCCUCCAGGCCGUCAUGCUGCCUACUCUGUGGGCUGGGAGAUGGCACCUGCAGGGGCACCUGGGCCUGGCCGCCUGGUAGCUCAGCUGGACACAGAGGGUGUGGGCAGCCUAGGCCCUGGCUAUGAGGGCCGGCACAUUGCCAUGGAGAAGGUGGCAUCCAGGACCUACCGGCUACGGCUGGAGGCUGCCAGGCCUGGUGACGCGGGCACCUACCGCUGCCUUGCCAAAGCCUACGUCCGAGGGUCUGGGGCCCGGCUUCGUGAAGCAGCCAGCGCCCGCUCCCGGCCCCUCCCUGUGCACGUGCGGGAGGAAGGUGUGGUGCUGGAGGCAGUGGCAUGGUUAGCAGGAGGCACAGUGUACCGGGGAGAGACUGCUUCCCUGUUCUGCAACAUCUCUGUGCGGGGUGGCCCCCCAGGGCUGCGGCUGGCUGCCAACUGGUGGGUGGAGCGGCCGGAGGAAGGGGAACUGGGCACUGCCCCUGCCCAGCUGGUGGGUGGCAUGGACCAGGACGGUGUGGCAGAGCUGGGGGUCCGGCCCGGAGGAGGCCCUGUCAGUGUGGAGCUGGUGGGGCCCCGAAGCCACCGGCUGAGACUGCACAGCUUGGGGCCCCAGGAUGAAGGCGUGUACCACUGCGCCCCCAGCGCCUGGGUGCAGCAUGCUGACUACAGCUGGUACCAGGCAGGCAGUGCCCGCUCGGGGCCAGUCACAGUCUACCCCUACACGCAUGCCCUGGACACCCUGUUCGUGCCUCUGCUGGUGGGCACAGGGGUUGCCCUAGUCACCGGAGCCACCGUUCUCGGCACCAUCACCUGCUGCUUCAUGAAGAGACUGCGCAAACGGUGAUCCCUCCUUCCCCAGGUCUUGCAGGUGUUGACUGUCUUCCAGCCCAGCUCCAAGCCCUCCUCUGGUUGCCUGGAUACCCUCUCCCUCUGCCCACUGCCCUUCCUUUAAUUUAUUUGAGCUGCCCCCACUCAGAGUGGGGGACAUGGCCCCCAGGCCCCAGCCCUUCCCUCCCACGUGAAGGCCUCUCAGCCUCCUCUCUCUGGUCUUCUGUUGAUCUCAUACCCAUCCCAUACAGAGGGCAUUCCCUGUCCUAGAAUUAAUUUUUCUAAAAUGUGAAUAAACUGGUUUUAUAAAA